AACAGAUGACCAAACCUUGUGGUGGUCUGAUAGUAUAUAACUAAUCAUAAGGCAUCUGAUGUACAGAUAGUGCCCCAGACGCAUCUAGAUCUGUAGCAAUGGACGUGGCUCCUCUCAAACUCCUCUUCUUAGUUCUCCUUACUUAUGUCCUCGCUAAUGAAGAAUCCAGGAGUUAUGUACACAACAAUGGUAGCAGCCAUGCCCCUACAGGUGCCAUAACAAACAUGUCAUCAAUAGAAAGAACAGAUUCUGACAAUGAGACAGCUACCAAUCCAUCAGCAGUGAAACCUGCUUCUGAAGAUGAGACGGACGCCAAGCUUCCAACAGAGAAACCUGCUUCUGAAGAUGAGACGGACGCCAAGCUUCCAGCAGAGAAACCUGCUAGUGAAGAUGAGGCAACAGUUAUGCCGACAACGAGAACAAAUGAUGGAGCUCCGUUCGAGUCAUCGACAAUGAGUUCUGAUGUGAGCAAACUACUCGGGAAAACUUUCAACUUCUCGACUCUUUUGGAAGCCACUGACAACGUUCAACUGACACUUGCCAACCAGACAAUCAACCUGUCUGCAUUCACUGUGGAUGAAAAAAACGUGAUGUCACUUCAAAGCAUAUCGGGGGAUGAAAGUCUGUCGGACACGAUGUACGUUGCAGCUAAAUUGGCAGGCAUCGAAAAGCGGAUUGCGGACAAACUCAAUAAAACAUUAACAACUUUAGCCUUGGAGGACAUCUUUGACGCUGAAGACGACAUGGUACUUACUAGAGAGGAUGUGGACGAAAUGGUCAGGGAAAUAAAUCAAGAUACGAGCACUCUUGACCUUUCACAAAGACAUGACGAAAGCGAGUUCGACAGUACAAGACGCAAGCGGAAGGCCAUGGAACACAGACAGUGGUCCACAAACAUUCCCUACAUAAUCAGCGCAGAUUUCAAUACAUAUGCAUCUGGAAAGAAGGCCAUUGAAGACGCCAUUAGACACUGGGAGGAAGAGACGUGUUUAAAUUUUGUGAAAUUCAGCAGAUAUUAUGGCCCUCAUCUGAUAUUCAAGAAAAACAAAGGUUGCAGUUCCUAUAUUGGCAAACGAGGAAGUGGUCAGACAAUAUCAAUUGGAACUGGGUGCGACACAAAAGGUAUUGCCGCCCACGAGAUUGGUCACGCGUUGGGGUUCUGGCACGAGCAGGGGCGACCAGACCGAGAUACGUAUGUCAGAGUAUACUAUGAUAACAUCAAGUCAGGGAAAAGUCACAAUUUCCGCAGAGAAUCCUGGCGAAAUGCUCGAUCGAUGGGAAUACCAUACGACUAUUCGUCUGUUAUGCACUAUGGAACGAAGGCAUUCAGCAAGAAUGAGAGACCAACAAUCACAGCCAAAGAAAGUGAUAUGGAAACGACUUUGGGUACCAGGAGCGGUCUAUCUUUCUACGAUGUCAAAAUUGCGAAUCUGAUUUAUUGCUCAUCGGCUUGUCCAGGGGGUUUGUCAUGGUCGGCGUGCAGACAUGAAGGCUACAGAGAUCCUAAGAACUGCAACCGAUGCAAAUGCCCGGAUGGACUUAGUGGGACAUGCUGCACAUCUGUGAAACCAGGAAAGAGAGCUUCGUGUGGGAAUAGAGAUCGUUAUGCAUCUUCAGUAUGGCAGACACUUAACUCUCCAAACUAUGGAGUGUCAACGUAUCCUGCUAAUUCCGAAUGCACGUGGCGAAUAAAAGUAUCGGGAAGUUCAAAGAGAAUCAUGAUGAGGUUCAAGGGAAAGUUCUCCUUCUCCUGUGACAGCACCUGUAAGGAGUAUGUGGAAGUGCGGCACACUGAUGUGGCCAAAACAGGACCAAGGUUCUGUUGUUACACAAGACCAACGCGGUAUUUCCGGUCCCACGGAAGUGAAAUGUUGAUACUGAUGCGGGCUGAUACAGGAUACAGGGGUGAUGGCUUCGCUCUGGAAUACAAGAUUGAACCAUGUGGCGGCUGUUCAUCCUCCACAAGCACAACCGGUCCUGCAUGUUUGGACUCACAGACAUACACUUGUAGAGGCACCUACUCUACCAGCUGUGGAUUCUGGGGAUGGGGACGAUGCACUCGGUAUAGACUGAAUACAUGCUACAGGCAGGUGAAAACAUGUUGUUAUGGAUUCAGACUGAGCGGCAGCUGGUGUUACCGUAAGAAUGCUAAUGAGGGCCGAUUGUUGACGUCUGACAUCCUGAAGUGAAAAAUGUAUGACAAGGACAACCGAAUAUAUCGAAACCGGUCAUUUGUGUAAUAAAUUAUUCAGGAACUGCCGACAUUUACCAUUAUGUAUAAGUUGGGAAAAAUGCUGCAAAAUUUGUAAUAAAUUGAUUAUCUGUAACA